AUGGCACAGUUCAAAGACGGUUACCCUGUUUUUGUUACCGCAGACGCCUCAUUAGAGGGACUAUCUGGAAUACUGGCUAUAGUUGACAGUAAUACUAAUCAUAACCACAAUAAAAACGACGAAAAAGUCCUGAAUAGGCAAAUAUUAAGUAAUUCUCUGAAAAGAAAAGCCAUAGAAGACAUUUCUUGCAAACCUUCAAAAUUAAUUCGUUCAGAAUUGAAGAAAGGCGAUAUAUCGAUUUUGACAACGAAUGAUUUAUCAUUAAUUAGACACAAUGUUCAUCCUGCCCGUUCAUUUGUACACCCCCCUCUGCCAAAAUGCAUUAAAGAAUUACAUGCUGCUUUAGAGUCUAUGAAUAUCAAAACUAAUAUAGAAUUUGACCUAGCAAUAAAACAUCGCCCUGGCUCAUGGAACACGGCUGCGGAUUGUCUCUCACGUUACCCCGUUUAUACAACAAAAAUAACAGAUAUAUUAUAUGAAAACGAUAAAGACGAAAUUAAUGCUAACUCUACAAAUUUCGAAAUUAAUUCCGCCAAUAUAAAACCUGAGACAUUAAAAACACAACAGUCAGAAGACGAAUUUUGCAACGAAAAGUGUCAAUUAAAAUCAAACAGACCGACACCUAACAUUGCAUUGGAAUAUAAAGAAGAAAAAGAAUGGACUGUUGAUGGAAUAUCGUCAAUAAAAAAUUUUAUAAGAAAAUCAGAAAAACAUUCUAUAUCUAAAAAGCAUUUGAUAAAUCAAGAAAAAUUCCAUCUUUUAGGAAAAGUUCGAAUUGAACAUGCUAUUUCGGAAGGUCGACGAUUAGCUGCUAUAAAACAUAAUGAACAAGUUUCUAUAAAUAGACGUUUAAUAGCACGUAUGAUCCACGUUGUUUGUUUUUUGGGAAAACAAGAGCUUGCUUUUCGUGGGCAUCGGGAACACGACGAAUCUUUAAAUAAAGGGAAUUAUCUUGAGUUACUUGAUCUACUCGCUCAAGAAGAGCAUUUACUUAAGGAUCAUUUUUUGUCAUCGUCAAUAUUUAAAGGCACAUCUAAGAUAAUACAAAAUGAUUUAAUUGAGAGCGUCACUACAAUUUUAAAUUCAAAAAUUUUUAAGGAAAUACAAACUGCUAAUUAUAUAUCUAUUCAAGCAGAUGAAACCACUGAUGUGUCCUGUCGAUCUCAAAUGAGUAUUAUUUUUCGUUAUGUUAUAGAAGAAAAAAUUGUCGAACGAUUUAUUGGUUUUUUUGAUGUUUCAAGUGAUAAAACGGGAUCUGGAUUAGCAGAUGUAAUAUUGUCCGUGAUUAAAAAAUGGGAUUUAGGAAAUAAAAUAAUUGCACAGACAUACGAUGGAGCAUCAGUUAUGUCUGGAACAAAAAAUGGUGUACAAAGUCUUAUUAAGAAUAUUUAUUCAAAUGUAUUAUUUAUUCAUUGCUAUGCUCAUCAGUUGAACUUGGUAUUGUUAUAUGGCGCUAAGACAAUAAAACCAGUGAAACUUUUUAUUUGUAAUUUAACGAUGUUUCAUACGUUUUUUAGUAGGUCUUCUAAAAGGAGUGAGUUACUAAGACAACAGGGCUUUAAACUUCCAAAUCAUUCUGAUACUAGGUGGAAUUAUCAUUCAAGAGCCGCUUCCACAAUUAAAACCCAUUUUAUAGAAUUAAAAAAUGCUUUUACACAUGUAAUUGAAGAACCAAACUGGGACCACAUUUCUAUUUCUACAGCAUCAGGUAUUUUAGAUAAACUUAAUGAUGCACAAUUUGUGUAUCUGUUAAUUUUAUUUAAUAAGAUUUUCAUAUAUACGGACCAUGUAUUUAAUUUCCUCCAAUCAAAAAUACUUUCAAACAUUAAAUCAUGUAUUUUUGAAAUUCAAAAUUUAAAAAAAAAUUUGGAAGAUUUAAGAAAAGAACAAACUGUGAAUACUUGUUGUGACGAAGCAAUACAAUUAAAUAAUGAUUUUGAGUAUGGUGACAAACAAAAAAAUAAUUUACGUAAAAUAACAUAUGAGAUACUGGAUUCAUUAAUUGUCCAAAUUAAUAUAAGAUUUGAAGAUACUUCGGAAUUAGAAUUCGUAGAGCUUACAAAUGAAAAAAUGUUUAAUAUCUACCACAACACUUUUCCCGAAUGCAAGUUGAUUAAGUUAUUAAAACAAUACCCUAAUAUGUUUGAAGAAAAUCGUUUGCGUAAUGAAUUGUCCGUCAUUUAUUCAGAUAAUAAUAAACAUCUCCCUCCUCAUAAACUACUGGAUUUAAUAAUAAAAAAUAAUUUAUAA